AUGGUGGUUGAGUGCAGAGCGGAGGAGUAUCUGAAGCUUGAAAAAUACUUGGACAUGUUUCUGAGUGCUGGAAGAGGAGGAGCGGUUUAUGUCAGUGGAGUUCCUGGCUCAGGGAAGACUUACACAUUAUCUAGGCUGCUUGAUAAUCGGAAGGUUGAGCAUGCUUUUGUUAAUGUGAUGGGAUUUAGGAACAAGAGUGAUGUAUUCAGGAUGAUUGCAAAGGAAAUGGCAUGCACUCGGCACGAGAAAGUUGUGCUUGCAUCGGACUUGAGAAAGCAUUUGGAAGUGUGUGAGGAGUGGCACGUGGCGGUGAUCGAUGAGGUUGAUGUGCUUGUAGGGCGCAGCCAAAGGAUACUGUACAAUUUGUUUGAGAUGUCCUGUGCUGAGCGAGGGAAGCUUGCGAUGUUUUUGAUAUCCAACACCAUGGAUCUUCCUGAGAGGAUGUUUGAGCCAAAGGUGUGCAGCAGGAUGGGGAGGCUGAGAGUGAACUUUGCGCCAUAUACCUCUGAGCAGCUUGCAAGGAUAGUUGGGGCCAGGGAGAUGGACAAGAAGUGCAUUGAGCUUGUUUCGAAGAGGAUAGGUGCGGUGAGUGGGGAUGUACGCAGGGUUCAGGACGUGAUGAGCAGGAUUGAGGAGGAUAACGAAGGAGAUGCAGGAGUAGUUGAUGCGAAUGAGGCAAUGAAGAGGAUGUAUACGCCGAUGUAUGCGAGAUACCUGCAAGAGAUGAGGUUUGAUGCGAAGGUUGUGCUGAGACUGAUGAGCGUAGGAAUGGGUGGAAAGAGGGUUCUGGAGGUCUAUGAGGAGGUGGAAGGGUUUUACAGGCGGGCAAAGAUGGAAACGAUUGACUAUUUUAGAUUUGAGGACGUAGUGGCGAAGCUUGUUGAGUAUGGAAUACUUAAACGAAGGAAGGAAGGAAGGGAGAUUGAGAUGAUGGUGCUGAGCGAAGAGAUUGAGAAGGUGCUGGGGGAUGAUCUGGAGUAUAUGAUGAUUUCGAAAGCAAUCAGGAUGGUAGAUGAUGGAUGA